AUGAAGUUCUCUCUGGCCCUCGCCGCCGCGCCGUUGGCCGCCCUCGCCACGCCGCUGGGCGUCGCGCCCGCCGCGCACUCACCUCACUCAUCCCGCUCAUCCCACUCUCACUCCGUCUCCCACCGCCAUCCGAUCCCCGCCAGGCUCGCCGAGCGCCAGGCCUCCGACAGCAUCGACGCGCUCAUCAAGAAGAGGGGCAAGCUCUACUUCGGUGCCUCGGGCGACAACGGCAUCAUGCAGCAGGGCAGGACCGAGGCCAUCCUGCAGGCCAACUUCGGCCAGGUGACGCCCGAGUACUCGAUGAAGUGGGACGCCACCGAGCCCGCGCCGGGCAACUUCACCUGGGGCAACGCCGACUACCUCGUCGACUGGGCCCAGACGAACGACAAGUCGGUCCACGGCCACACGCUGCUGUGGCACACGGCGCUGCCGACGUGGGUGUCGGACAUUAGUGACAAGAAGGUCCUCACCAAGGUCAUCGAGAGGCACGUCCAUACCGUCGUCGGGCGGUACAAGGGCAAGAUCAGGUCUUGGGACGUCGUGAACGAGAUCUUCAACGACAGCGGCACGCUCCGGAACAACACCUUCUUCAACGUCCUGGGCGAGUCGUACGUCGGCAUCGCCUUCCGCGCCGCCCGGGCCGCCGACCCGGCCGCGAAGCUGUACAUCAACGACUACAACCUGGACAACAAGGACUGGGGCAAGCUCCCCGCGCUCGUCAACAAGGUGGACCAGUGGAUCGGGCAGGGCAUUCCCAUCGACGGGAUCGGUGCGUCAAACCUGUGUUUCCCAGGGCGUGUGUGCUCUCAGUCCCACCUCGUGCCCAACAUGUCGAGCAACGUCGAGGCGGCGCUCCACGCGCUCGCGGCCUCGCGGGUGUCCGAGAUCCUCAUCACCGAGCUCGACAUCGACACGGCGCCGCCGGCCGAGUACGCGACCGUCGUGGGCGCGUGCCUCAACGUUCCCAAGUGCCGCGGCAUCACCGUCUGGGGCGUGAGCGACAGGCAAUCGUGGAAGAGCGAGAAGAAGCCGCUCCUGUUCGACGAAAACUACAACCCCAAGCCGGCCUACGACGCCAUUGUCAAGAAGCUGAAGGGUGUGGUGAAUGGAUGGGUUUAUGAGGGCUAG